UGAGUAGACAAUGGUCUGGGCCUAUGAGGAUGACCCUUUAACGAUCGGCUAGGACUAUAUUAAUACCGAUCUCCCAAGUUCACAUGACUCGGUCCUUUCCAAAGUCUUGUAAGAAAUUAAAUUAAGAGAGAGAUAAGUAAUUAAUUAAUGGCUAAGAUGCCAAGAAGUUCAUCGAAGCUCCUUGCGAUGAUGCUUUUCUCAUUCUUGGCGCUUUUCAUAAUCUCCCAUGCUGAUCAUCAAGUUGUUUUCCCUGAUACGCCGUCUAAUUCGUACGCUCCACCUAUCUACGCUCCUGUUCCUGAUGAAUGUUUCAACCCACCUUAUCAUUGCAGUCCGCCGGGAGAGUCUCUACUUGGUCACAUGAACUAUAAUCAAAAUAAUUGAUUAUGAGGUGAUAUAUGCGUAUCUUCUUCGUAUGUUUUUUCACCAUUUACUGGGAAAUGAAAACUUUAUGAGAUCCGUGGUAUAAUAUGUUGCAGUUUGCAAUGUCACCAUUAUGAUUUGCUCUGUUUAAUGCACCAAAGUUACCAAUCAAAUAAAUAUGUUUAAGAGAAAAUUCACUAGAUUGACA